ACUCCUACCAUGAAACCGCAUGUCGCAGUGCUGCCCAGUCUUGGCUUGGGCCAUCUCAUUCCUCUUUUCGAAUUCUCUAAACGCCUUGUCCUCCACCAUGGCCUCCAGGUCAGCUUCCUCAUCAUCACCACCACCACCGAUGACCCCUCGUCAUCAGCCGCAAACGCCCAACUCCUCCAGCCUUCAAACCUCCCUUCCGAUCUCCACCUCGUCCACCUUCCUUCCGUUGACGUUGAUAAAGUCACCAACAGUGAGAUGCAAAUCUUAACCCGCAUCUGUACCAUCACAGAAGAGAGCCUCCGGUCCUUAAAAUCGGUCUUGAUGGAUAUAGGCAGUCCAAAAGCUCUUAUAGUGGAUCUUCUCAGCACACAGGCUUUCGAUGUUUGCCGUGAACUUUCAAUUCCUGCGUACUCAUUCGUUACUACCCCUGUUUCUUUCUUUGCCUUCUCCCUGUAUUUUGUGGAGCUUGACCGUACAGUUGAGGGUGAUUUGGCUGAUCUUCCUGAACCGAUUCAGGUCCCCGGUUGCAGUCCUGUCCGAAUAGAAGAUCUGCUAGAUCAAGCGCGUAUCAGAAAUAGUGACGAAUACAAAUGGUUUUUGUUUCACGUGAGCCGGUGGCGUUUGGCGGACGGUAUAUUUUUCAACUCAUGGGAAGAUCUUGAAACGAUCCCUCUAAAAGCCAUAAGAGAGAAUCCAUUCUUCAAGAGUGUGACUCCGCCGGUUUACACCGUUGGGCCGGUGACUAAACAAGAGGAACAAGAUGAAUCAGCAGCGGAAUACAUGUCAUGGCUGGAUGAGCAACCACCGAACUCUGUUCUCUUUGUAGCGCUUGGUAGUGGUGGAACGUUGUCAGGGGAGCAGAUGAUUGAGUUUGCUUGGGGUUUAGAAUUAAGUCGGCAACGAUUCAUAUGGGUGGUUCGUAAACCAACAGAAGUUUCUAGUUCAGGUACGUUUUUCAAUGUGGGAAAUGAUACUAAUAGCCCAGAGGAGUAUCUUCCCGAAGGGUUCCUAGAGAAGACACAGGGAGUGGGAGUGGUGGUACCAUCGUGGACUUCCCAAGUGGCUGUGCUCCGCCAUCCGUCAACAGGCGGGUUCAUAUCUCAUUGUGGAUGGAAUUCAACAUUGGAGAGUAUAGCUCAUGGCGUGCCAAUGAUAGCAUGGCCUCUCUACGCGGAGCAAAAAAUGAACGCAACGGUGCUGGCGGAGGAUACUGGAGUAGCCGUUAAACCGGAGGUGAAGGCGGGACAGAUGGUGGUGGGACGGGUAGAGAUAGCGAGAGUGGUGAGAAUGGUGAUGGAGGGUGAUGAAGGGGAUGAAAUAAGACGUCGGGUUAGGGAACUGAAGGAAACUGCCACAAAAGCACUGGGUGUCAGUGGGUCGUCGUAUGAAUCGGUCUGUCGGGUGGUGGAGGAAUGGAAGCCGCUAAGCUGACUCUGGAUUCGAAGCCAUAACACGUGGUUAGUUGAGUUCCCAUUGAACGCAUUAGCAUUUACUGGGGAUGAAUAAAAAGAGAAGUAAAUUAGUUGUUUUCGUCAAUUUUUGAUGGAAGGUGCCAAUAAAAGAUUAGUAGUCUC